GGGGGGGGUGGAGCUGUCAGGGGGAAGCUGAUGUGAGUGCGCGUAUAAAGCAGUACGCACGGAGACGCGCCGCUUUAACGCGCGGCUCUGCCCUCCCGGACUCGCCCAUCCCGAAUCUCGCCUUGGGAAGUUGAGGUGAUGCCGUGGCGAGGACUCCCAGCACACAACACUCCCGAGGACCCGUCUCCGCUUCCUUUCACUUCUCGUUUUUUGACACACACACAAACACCCUCCCAACCCUCAACUUGGAUGGCUUGAGCGGCUCGUCCUGCGCUCCUGCUCGCAGCCGCGGAGAGAUGUAAGGUUUCGGGCCGUCCACCGCCCUCACACUGCGCGGAGCAGCGGCGUGAUCCAGGUCGCUAUCUGAGCGAAAGAGAGAGAGAGAGAGAGAACCAGGGAGAAAGAUAGAGAUAGAUAGAGAGAGAGGAGGGUUUAAAAAGAGCAAGAAAAACUACUUUGGAGAUGUGAAUGAUCGAGGUUUUGCUGCUCAUCCCACCAGCUCGCCUGUCCUAUGCGAUCGACAGCGCGAUGCGAAGAGGAGAAUGAUUGGGCGCUAAACUACUCCCGGAGACGCCUGUCACAGCUGCAGCCGCUGAAGUGGAAAGGGUGGAUGGUUAUUUCGCAAACACUCCAAGCCUAUGUAUGCCUCUGCAUUCGUUUGUUGGAAACGCUUCCCGGUAUCUUCGAGAAUAGCGCAGGAGGAAUGCUGCUCCGAGAUCUGAUGCCAUUUACUUUAAGUUUUUGGCCUUUUUUAAUCGCUCAAUGCCUCCUGUCACAGAUUCUACUCUCCUGCAAGGGAGAGCUCCAGAGGUCAUGCUCGCGGACCGUGGCGGAGAAAGUUGGCGAACAGUGCCAGGUGGCGUGCCACUGUAGGAGAUACCCUCCCCUCCCACCUCCGCCUCCUCCGCCGCCUCCCCCUCGGCUUCUGGGCACCAUAGUGGAUGAUCCCAUAGGGCCGUUUGUGAGGUCCUGGUGGAUGGAAGUGGUGCUCGCGACUGUGAGCUGUGCCUCAGUUGUCUUCCUCCUCUCUGCCAUCAUCAUCUGCUACAAGGCUAUCAAAAGGAAACCACUGCGAAAGGAGGAGAACGGGACAAGUCGCGGGGGGUACGCCAUGAGCAUCCGCAGCAAGAAGGCCAUGGGUACAAACAACACUGUGGUAUAGACUUUCUCCUGGUCCAGGAAGUACCUCCCCAUCACGUCUCCAUCAUGUUUCCUGAAAACAACAAACCCUUUCUGACCCUUUAGAGCAACAUGGGUUCACCUGAAGCUCUCGGACAGGUAAACCUCUCCUCUUUGUUUGGCAUGUUGCCCGGACUGAAGACGGCAUUCGGCUCAAGAGGAGCUGAACAGACGGAAAGCAGAAUGAAAUCAAAGCAGAAAGGACUGUGAGAGAGAAAGAGAGAGAGAGAGAGAUCCACAACUCCCUGUGGUGUCAAAUGUGGCACAGCGGACCGGGCAUUAUGCUUUUAGUAACAGCAAGUGUUGCUGACAGGCUGGUUGGCUGCUGGCUGGAGAGGGACUGUCUGCCAGUCUGCAGCAGAUCCAGACCUCGCGCACUGUUGACGUCUGCAGCGGGACAACCGGCAAACACGGCAGCCCUGUGUGCGUCCGGACCGGGCUCACACAACCAAUAACAUGCAUGAUGUUUUUACAGAGAAUGAAAGAUCUUUUUUAUAACCCUC